AUGGCCGGCGCUCUACUCUUUUCUAUUCAAUGGUAUCACACGAUAGGCUGUCAAAGGAAUAAGAGCUACACCGCCGAUGACACACUUGUCAUGAAUGGCAUGUUUGGUCUUUGUGUCAAUUGUCUGGUGAUGUCCACUCUGUUUCACACAUUUCAAUGCCAUUCAAGGAGUGUUAUUAAGAUAUUUUCUAAACUUGAUUACCUGGGUAUCGCUUUGGUGCUAAAUAUGGCUCAAAUCUCAUGGCUUUACUACGGCUUCUACGAUGACCUAAUGGUCCGAAAAGUCUAUAUAUCGAUAUCUCUACUCUUAGGCGGCGUCUUGAUAUCAGUCACACUUUUGGACAGGUUUUCCGAGUCAUACUUCCGGCGCUAUCGAGCAAUCAUUUUCUUAUCAAAAGGACUUUACGUUUUCAUACCAUUCUUCCACUUCUGCUACCAUUCAUACUAUUUUGAGCCAAUUCUGGCGCAAUUAGCGUUCAAAUCGCUGUAUAUGACACUACUGUCGGCGUGUGUGAACCUCUUCGGAACCCUACUCUAUAUGUACAGAAUACCGGAGCGAUACAGCCCCGGUACGUUUGACUACUGGUUCCAAUCGCACCAACUAUUUCAUGUGUUGAACAUAUUUGCGGCACUCAUUCACAUCAAGAGUAUUACAAUGUUAGCCGACGUCAGAAUC